UGAGCAAGAGUUAGAGACAAGAGAAACCAACUCUAGCUGCCGCUCAGCUUUAAAUUACGCUUCAUACUCUUGUUUCUUUCUUGAAAGCUAGCUAGUAGUUUCAGAGUCCCACUGAAACACAAAGAAGAGAGAGAGAGAGAGAGAGAGAGAGAGAGAGAGAGAGAGAGAGGGAUUUGUUUUGCUUGCGAGUCACGAUAGUCUUGAUCGAUCUUAAGAGCAACGCUUCAUGCGAUGAGUACUUCGGGAUCAUCGUUGUAUUACUAUGAAGUCUGCAGCCUUGCAGCAGGAAUCGCUGGCAACAUCUUCGCUUUUGUGCUCUUCCUCUCUCCAAUACCAACUUUUAAGAGAAUAAUAAAAAACAAAUCGACAGAGCAAUUCUCUGGGUUACCUUACAUUUACUCCUUCCUCAACUGUUUGAUCUGCGGAUGGUAUGGGCUUCCAUGGGUAACCCAUGGCGCCAUACUCGUUGCUACUGUGAAUUCAUUUGGAGCACUUUUCCAACUAUUCUACUGCAUUCUCUUCAUCAUCUAUUCUGAGAAAGGAAAGAAAGUAAACGUGUCUGUUUUACUUGUGGCUGUACUCUGUGCCUUUGCCUUGAUAGCUUCUGUGAGCCUUGAGUUAUUACAAGGCAAAGCACGACAGAACUUUGUUGGAUACCUCAGUAUAGCUUCUCUAGUCUCCAUGUUUGCAUCACCCCUUUCCAUUAUUCGUUUGGUGAUUCGUACGAAGAGUGUGGAGUUCAUGCCUUUCCACCUCUCGCUUGCAACCUUCUUCAUGAGCAUCUCAUUCUUUGCGUAUGGAGUUCUUCUGCAUGAUUUCUUCAUAUAUAUCCCCAAUGGCAUUGGGACAGCUCUGGGGACGAUGCAGUUGUUAUUCUAUUCAUACUUCAGCAAGAAGGCGAUAGAGCAGUACAAAUUGCCAUUGAUUGUAUCGUGAUGUAUAUAUUUUGGGCUUAUAUUAGUUUUUUCCUAUAUUUUUUUUAUUUUCUAAGAAAGGUUGUGUGAUUCUUGAGGGUUCUAUUUGUAAUAAAUGGGGUACAUGUAGAAAUAUGUGGUUUUGUGGUAUAGCUAGUGUUGAUGUGGUUGAAAUUGUUGAUAAAUUAGGAAAAUUAUUGGAGUGUUAAGAGGAUUUUGUAAGCUUGAUUUGGUCCUAUGAAGGCCUUGUUUCGAUAUAAUUGUCAUCCCCCAAAGUACUUUUUGAAAUAAAUCUCUCCUUUGAAAUGUGAGCAUUAAUCAAUAUGUAAUUGCAAUC